AUGACCCUAGGUAGCAGUGGUGAACCCCUUGCCCUCACUAGGAGUGAUUUCAGCAAGCUCUACAAUGCCAAAGAAGGCAGUGAGGACUGGGAUGUAUUGGAAGAGCAAAAAUGGUCGGCGUACCAUCGACUGGAAUCCUUUCGACGCCUUGUUGCGUGGGCGCGCGGCGAGGGAUGGCGUGGCAUGAAAAACUACAUUGGAACGCCGAUCUUAUAUCCAGACUUUGCCUCUGAGUCGUUUGAUUUGGUCCUGAAUAGCGCGGCGGUGCAGCGUACCAUUCAAGAGUUGGCGACACGGCGAGCCUCGCAUAUUAUGAGCCAUAUCCACCAAGGGAAAAUCUCCCCGACGAUUGUGCAAGUGAUGAUGAAGGAGCCAGAGUCGCCAUGGGACCCAAGUCUAGCGGGUAUUAAGCUGGAUCUACCCAAACCGCUACGUGAUAUCAUCCCGAAGAACAAGCACUAUCGUGGUGACGAUUUGCAGCGGUUCUACACCUAUGUCCACACCAAACUCAUUGAUGAGUUGAACCAUGGUGCUGCAAUAAUCAUGGAAAAGAGUGCAGCACGUCUGAACUCCGGCUCCUUUGUGCAAGGCUUUGGUUUCUCGGUGAAUGAGAUCCUAGUCUCCAUGUACAACCUCGGCACGCAUGUGAAGAUGGAGCAGGUACUGGAGCUACGUCGUAUUGCCGCAGAUGCGCAGGAGAAGCGACAGAGCAUUGUAUUUUUGCCAUGCCACAAAUCUCACAUCGAUUACUUGGUGAUGUCGUUCAUUAUGUACCGUAUAGGCAUGGCGUUGCCGCACAUUAUUGCUGGGAACAACUUGGACUUGCCUGUGUUGGGUGGCAUCUUGCGUCAGGGCGGUGCCUUGUUUGUCCGUCGCACAUUCCAAGGUGAUUCGUUAUACCCAUCGGUGAUCAAAGAGUACAUUAUGACGCUGCUAGAGCGUGGUAUGAAUAUGGAAGUGUUUAUUGAGGGCACACGCUCACGCACAGGCAAACUGCUGCCUCCCCGCUACGGCAUUUUGAAGUAUAUGAUGACGGCGCUGCGUGAGAAUAGGACAGAUGAUAUUCUGUUGUGCCCUGUGAGCCUCCAGUACGACUCGGUGAUUGAGGCAGAGACGUACGUCAGUGAGUUGCUUGGCAAGCCAAAAGAGCCAGAAUCGUUGUACAAUAUUGUACGCAGCUCGUCAUCAUUGCUACAGCUCAAGAUGGGCCGUAUCGACGUGAGGUUCAAGCAGCCAUGGAGUAUGCGCCAGUGGCUUGAUGAGGAGGCUUCUGCGCGUAAGCUGUCUGUGCAGACAGAGCAAACCGACAACCAGCUGCUGAAGGCGUUGGGCUACCGCAUUUUGUCCGAUAUCAACUCGGUGUCUGUGAUUAUGCCCUCGGCGCUGGUCGGUACAGUGAUGCUGACGCUGCGUGGCCGUGGUAUUGGCCGUGCAGCUUUGAUUGAUGGUGUGACACGGUUGCGUGAACGUAUUCUGAACAAGGGCAUGGAAGUGGCCAACUUUGGUCUUGACCACAUUGGCGACGUGGUUGACCGAGCACUGAAGGAUAUGAAGGGAUUGAUUGUGGAGCACAAGAAUUUACUGGAGCCCACCUUUGAGCCUGUGAAGAAGUUUGAGCUUUCGUUCUACCGCAACCAGAUCAUGCACAUCUUUGUGCACGAAUCGCUUGUGUGUGUCGCUCUCUAUACGCAUGUGAAGCAUGGCGGACCUGAAUCGGAUCAGGUUAUGAGUUACAAGGAGCUGUACGAAGAGUGUGCAUUUAUCUCGAAUGUCCUACGUGACGAGUUUGUGUAUGGCUCGCUGCCAUUGGAGCAGAAUAUCAAGAAUGUAGUCAGGACGUUGGUCGAGGAGGACGUCCUGGCCUUCCUCCCAACCGAAGGACAAAGUGCGACGGUCGAAGAUUGGGUGGAAGGCCGUGCCCUUUUGCACCUCGCCGAGGCGGAGCGCUUUUCUGGUCGGCGCCACUUUGACUUGUUCCUCUUCCUAGUGUGGCCAUACAUUGAGUGCUACUGGCUCGCUGCUGUAUCGCUGCUGGCGCUGGCGCCUGAGCGCCCUGUGGGAAUGGACACCAAGAAAGUGCCGUGGUACCAGAACAAGGAUUUGAUUCCCUGUGCACAGAAGAUUGGGCACACUCUCUUCCAGCAAGGUAUGCUGAGUCAUGACGAAGCUGUGAAUGGUGCAUCGCUGGCCAAUGCGUUCUCGUACUUUGAGCAGCGCAACAUUUUGAUCAAGCGUAAGAAGGGCGAACGAAAGCCUGUGACGCUGGUCACGCUCAACCCUGAAUGGAUCCCCUCGGCGAACCCAUUGGGUGUGCAGCAUGUCUCCGACCUCCCAGAAGAAGAGUAUGGCCGUUUGGCGCAGUUUAUCAGUCAGCUGGGCGACUUCCGUCGCGAAGGAAAGGACCGCCGUAGUCAGAGCGACUGGCGUGUGAGCGCGCACAUCUAUGCCGGUGGUGCCAAGUUGGUGGAAUGGGCCCCGCUGGAGCAGGCCCGUAAGUUGAAGCUUUAG